GAAUGGAUGGCCUUUAACUAGAUCCGCAGGUUCACUUUCGUUUCCAUAUUUGUUGGGACGACGUUCUAAGAUGAACAAUUAUACUGGACAAUAUGGAUACAUGUUUCCGAUGCAACCAAAUUAUACUUGGGGUCCAAACCAAGUGCAUACACCUGCUCAAGAGCCACAAUAUACCUAUGGUUAUGACUCGACUAACCAGCAGCCCCCUCCGUACACUGACUAUAUGGGACCCCAGGUACAAGAUUAUGAAUCGCCCGUUAAUGAUUUUAAUGGUCAGUAUGGAUAUUCCACAAAUUCCACACCUACUCAACCUGGUUAUAAUGCUCAAUGGAGUGGGAACCAAUUCCAAACUCCAUCACAUGAUUCAAGUUAUUGGUAUCAUUCUCGUGAGCCACCAAUCAAUAGUCAACCACGAUAUCAACCCCCUCCGUCUACGCCUAUACUUGAACAAAAUCGAAAACCUAAACUACGAAUAUACUGUAAAUACUGUGAUGUAGCAUUCACGGAUGAGCAUACUUAUUCCAUACAUUUGGAUACUGAAAGGCACAUCCGUAAUUUUAAACGUAGCUUUAAUACAACUGAAGAUAGAAGGGGUAAAGGAAAGUCUAGAAGUGACUACCGCAGAAGUAAUAACAGAAACAGAAAACCUAAUUUCUACUGUGAAGAUUGCAAACGAUCAUUUCAAAGAAAAGAACAAUACCUUGAUCAUAUCACAGCAGAGGGACAUAUGAAAAAGUCGGAUCGUAACAAAAAUGAGUCAGACGAAGGAGAAUCUAAAAAGGCUCCAAGACGUACAGAUUAUUGUGAUGUAUGCGAACAAACAUUUCAAAAUGGUCGCCACUUUUAUGCUCAUCUAAAGUGGAAAAAGCAUAAACGUCUUUGUAGAGUUGCUAGACUUUUAAGAGGACAACUGAAAAAGACUCCGGAAGAAGUUGCUAAUGAUCCAUUGGGUUCGUUCACAUUGUAUAUGAAUAAAGACUGCUCUGUUCCAUAUGGGAACUAUGGAGACUGUAAGGAAGUCGAAUUGGAUGCUGGAAAUGCAUUUUUGCAAAAAUUCCUCGACUUGAAACAUUUAAUCUCUCAAGAACCAAAUCCAGUUGGCGAGGAAUUUAUUCAGGAGCAAGUAUACAAUACGCGAGAUUUGGAAUAUAGCUGUUCACUCUGUAAAGCAGAUUUAAUUGGAGCUGAUGAUAUAGAAAAUCAUCUACGUACUCUUACACAUCAAAAGAAAUAUAAGGAGAAAUUUAAUUUGGAGGAAUUUGCAUUUGAAGAAGAAAUGAGAUUGUCUGCAUCCGAUUCGGUUUUUGCUGUAUGGAAAACAUGCCAGUCUAGAGCUAGUAAAGAAUUGGCAAGAAUUAUCGGAGAAAAAGGUUUUCAUUUAUGUGUUUGUGGUUUCCGUAUUACUUGCUAUGAUGAUAUGCGAAAACACUUUCCAAUUAAAUACUAUGAUAUUCAUCCACGAAUUCGUUCAUGGAAAAAAAGUUUAGAAAAAUGUAUUCGAUCGCGUGCUGAUCGUCAUAGGAUUGAUUAUAGAGAUUGUUACACUAUUCUAACUUUAUUUGGACUCCCCAGUCACAUUAUUGAUAUGAAGAGAGAACAUGCUUUAGAAACUGCCAAAGCUAAACUGUUAGAAGAUUCUACAAAAGAAGAGUCAGCAACAGAUGCUCGUGGAGAUGGUGAAGACGAAGAUGAGGAGGAAAAUGACGAUGAAGAAGAAGAGGAGGAAGAACGAAAGUCAGUCAAGGAAGAUGAACCUCCUAAAGACCCUAUAUCAAAUGCAGAGUGUGUUGAGGAUACACAUGCAGGAUCGUCGUAGGAUAGCUGCUCGUUAUAUGUUAUACAUUAGUUGUAAAAUACACUAAAAUGGUUAUUUAGAGAACAAAUUACGUUCUCGCUUUUGUCAAUGCUGUGUAAGACAAUAACCGGUCUUAUUUUGCUCGUUUCGUUUAUUAAGUGUUUUCAUUUCACUUGCUCUUUCGUCAAACACUAUCAUCUUGUCUCAUUUUUUCGAUGCAUUAAUGAUAUUCUUUUUAAUGCAGCAUCAUAUCUACAUUUCUAAAUUACGCCCGUUUCCGUUUUUAUGCAUUUGUUAUGUUUGAGAGUAGGUCGUCUUUUCUUCUUGCUUAAUUGGGAUUGUUUGGGUUUAUCUGUUCGCAUUUGAUAUGUACUAUCUUCCAGUGCUUUCGAAAACUUCUUAGUGUUACCAUGCCCAUAUUUUAUUUUAACACAUAGAUAUUGGUACAAGAAGGUACUAAAUACAUAUGCGCCACAUC